CAGAUGAGCGAGAAAUGCUAUUCUUGGCCUGCUCGUUUGUUUCGUCUUGAUAGAUUAUUCCCCAAACGAAGCGGAAGACAAAAGAAAAACCGAAAGAGCCUCACCGGCCUUUUUUUGUUGCCAAACUUUUGCCUACAUCAAAAACUCUAUGAAAGAUAGUGAAAUCGAAGCUGAAUCCGAUUUUCUUUUGCGCGUGAGUUCAGGCUGAAAAGAGCCAAAAAUGCGCGUAACAGAUAUGCGACUGGUAUUUAUCGCUCGCUCGUGCGGAUCAAUCAAUAAAAGCGAAGAACGGAAAUUUGUGUACGCACUCGCACGAUGAAAUGCACUAAUUCAAUGUGUAGUUUCUUCGCAUAUAUUUUCUUGCGAAAAGAAAAACCUAGCUUUGAAAUUGAAUUGUUGAAAAGUACCGUGGCGAUCUCGCAU